AAUCAAGUUGACUUUAAAGUCAAAACAAAUUUAGAGAUGUAAUUGAAGGGUAGUAAUUCUCAUUUUUUCUUCGGAAGGACCAUACGGCCCAUAGUGACAUUGGUCAAACCAAGCCGUUUUUUUAAUCCAUUUCAGCCCAAAUUGCAACUCUUCCUUCCUCAUCCACUGAGAACCGAUACUCUCCCGCAUCUUCGCCAUGAGUUUUCCGGCGGUAUGCCGCGGUGAUGCCGUUCCUGUAUUGCGGCGCAGCUCUUGCUUUCAUUUCUCCUUCCAACCUAUGCUUCUGCCUUGUUACGCAGUUUCUCGGCUGAAGCCCAUCGAUUUCUCGACUAAACGCUCGAUUAGGAUUAGGUUCAAUGUGAAGCGAGGUGAUUUUUUCAGAUGUAGUGCGACAGAGACCGGCCCUGAUAAAAAUGAAGACGAGGAAAAGAAGCUGCAUGAAGAAGAAACCAGCUUGGGCUCAACCGAUUCAUCUUCAUCAAAUAAUUCUCAGCCAAGCUCUUCUUCUGAUCAAGUAGGAUAUUCAUUUACUCGGUGUUUUUUGUUUACUUAAUUUGUUAAUUUAGUAUUGUCAUGUAAUUGCUUAAUUUUUCUAAUACGCUGGCAGGUCAUGUCAUUACCAGUUUGAAAUGCCACACUGUUUUGACUUAAAUUUUAUGGGAUCGUGUUUUCUGCCAGGAUAAUGGGCAAAAUCUUGGGUUUCUCGAAUCUAAUGACCAAGUCAAGAGUAAUAGUGUAGAUGCCAGUUCUCAAUCUGGAAAUGAGGCAUUUCAGUUUUUAAAUGCUUGAUGCUUCCUAUAUGAAUUUUCACUCUUAGGCAUGACGAGUUUUUACUUGACGA